AUGUCUUGCGUCAACGACGAAAACUUUGUCGCCGUCGCGCUCGUCAUCAACCGGUCUCGCGAUGGGCCCGCCUUCGUCUUCCAUUAUCCUGCUCAAGUCCCCGCCCUCUAUAGUGGCCUCGAGAAGUCGGACACCAUAGACGUCGAGGAUAUCCUUUUUGAGCGAGUUUCACAACCUGGCGGCGCCGAGGCUCCUGCCGACCUCGCCGAGAACCAAGGUGUUCGUGAUGACCAUUAUAUGACCGAGUCGGGAAUCCAGGUCGUUCCCUGGGAGCACGUAGCCGGCUUUCCAUCCCGUGAUCUUGCAGGCAUCUUGACUCCCGCCAGAUCCUAUCAUAAGAAGCUGUUUCAGCUUUCUCUUGAUCCGCUCCUCUGUGUCUCUUACCCCAUUCAUGUACCUGAAAACGGGAAGUGGAAGAAGACAAAAAAGGCCAACAAGGCAAAGGCCAACAAAGAUGCCGACGAGGGUAUCGCACCAGACGAGCCCAACCCCCUACCCACAAUCAAAACAGAACCAUGUAAAGAAAAAGCCAAAGAUGGCAAGAAGGAUGAGGCAGACGAAGAGAAGCGCAGCUCUAUGACCAUGUUCAAUCUUGUCUUCUUCCUCAAUCCCAAGAAGCACGAAACCAAGGAACUCAUCGACUCUCUGUAUUCUAAUAUUGUGAAAAAGGUCAACAAAGCAUACCAGUACAGCCAGCAGCAUAGUGAGUUUGUAUGGAAAGAAUCCAAACGUAUCCUGCUCGCAAAAGACAGGGCCCGUGAAGAUCAGAAGAAGAUGAGCGUUUUAUGGAAAGAACUUAUUCAAAACUCUUCACUGGCAGCUUCAAUGUGUGAAAUUUAUAACGCCAUCUCUCAAAACAGGAUUGCAACUCUACAUCUCGAUACUGUGGACGGUAUCCUGACACCCUCAGUCCAGAUUCCGGCGCCAUUUUUCGUUUCAGAUCUCCCAGCAGAAGACGAUGAGAGGCAUCGUGGCCUUUGGCUUACAACAUCCAACGCUUUCUUGAGCCAAGACGCACUCGAGGAGCCCGGAUUCCUGGACCGGAACUUUGCGCUCUUGCUCAUGGAUGAUGAAAAGAAGAUUGUAUCAGAGCUACAGAGUGAUCGUGAUCCCACUACUCAAUCCAUGAUUGAGUUUGUGCGCCUCUCAAAACCGACAAUGUCCUUCUACCAAGUUGGACAGAGCAACCUCCUUACUCUGGAUCAGGUCCGCAAGUACGCCCAGCACUUCAUCUUCUGGCGCCGUGCCAUGGCCAUUCCACCCCUUCACCCCCGAGAUGUUUAUAUCGUCUCUCCGAACUGUGACUUGGAGAGGCUACCACAGGAUGCCCAAGACUGGCAGAGAGCUUUUCCCCUAGCUCCGCCUCUGUCAACUUUCCUUGCCGAGCUCUCCGUGCUGCCCCGGCCCUACAAGCACAUCUCGCCUAGUAAAGCUCACCGGCCGCUGUAUCUCCGCAUGCUGGCCUGGUUGAUGCGCGGUGGCUGGGUCACUCAGCUCUGCACAUUCGGCUAUGUCGUUGUAUGGCCGGAGAUCCUAUACGAGGUCGACUACGAGAUCGAAGCGGAAGAACUCGGCCUCGCCACCUCCUCCUCAACCGACUGGGCCGAUGCUACUAGCAUCCACACCACCCAGAGCAACAGCAACGUCGACGCGCAAUCCACCAGCUCCUCAAUUACGCCGCCGCCUCCGCCGCAACAGGCCCAGCCGCAGCAAUCGCAGCAGCCGCAGCCUCAGGCUCAGGCCCAAGCACCCCCAAACGUCCCUAACCCAUCCACCCUCUCCGCAGCCGAGCACUCGGCCGAAAUGGCCCGUCUUGAGCGCAUUGCCAUGAAAGCACACCGAGAAGCCGCCGACAAAGCCACCGCUCACGCCCGCAAGGUCGUCCCCGUUACGACGGCAAACCCGUCCCUCAACGAUGCGCCGCACCUCGUCGGCCUCACGCCGCACAUCAUCCUCGACCCCAAGAAGGCGGCGGGCAAAGAGUCUCGUUACCUCUCCGCUAUUGCGCGGCGGUUCAAGGACGAGAAGCUGCGGUCGGCUUGGCAGAACAUGUGUAAGUAUUUUGAUGGGCGAUGUGCCCUUGAGCGGAUCGCUUUGCAGGAGGACAUGAAGCGCAAAGAGGCCUGGGCUUUGUUGACGGCCAUGAGGGAGUAUCUACUAUGUACAAGACACUGGUGA